AUGGACUCUUCACCACCAACAUCACCAACCAAAACUCAACCACCACAACCACAACAAUCUCAGCCCUGCCACCCCCAAGACUGCUCCCCCGCCUGCCAGUCCGCCAUCCGCCACUCGUCCACCUGGAAGCCCAGCUCGCUCGACCGCCGCCUCAGCUGGAGCAGCCAGGACCAGAAGCAUGCACUGCAGAUGAGCGGCAUUGAUGGUGUGCGGUCGGGGCAUCAGGGGUUUACGGAGAGGGGCUAG